GGCGCGGUUGGCAGUUCGCGAAGUCACCGGACUUCCGCAAGAGAUGCCGGACCUACACGCCCCCGAAGCAGGAGCCAGAGCCCGUGGAGGACUUCAUCGGUCUCUGCACACGGAAGUAUGGCUCCAUGGUGGCUGCGUGGCGCUUUGGCCUCGAUCCGACCGGCAGUGGAUCGCUGAACUUCAACGAGUUCUGCAACGCCGCCCGUCGGACUGGCUACAGGGGAAGCCUCCGCAGCUUGUGGGCCGAGCUGUGUGGAGAUCGCAACUUGCUGCGGCUCAAGGACCUGGACUUUGAGAGCAGCGAAGCCGUGACCCGUUUCUUUGAAACCAUCCACCUCACUUACGAGGACUUAGCAACGGUGUGGGUAGAGAUUUUCAAGAAGGACCCGUAUGCCAGCCUUUCCAUGGAAGACCUGUCGGCAGGCUGCAAGGCCUUAGGCUUUCCGGAGGAUCUUGUGGAAACGCUCUUCCUCGGCCUUCAUCCUAACCCAGGCCAGUCCGAUACGCUCUUCCUCUGGGACCUGGAAGACAUGUUCGUGACCACUCGGCGCCUCUGGGAGUUGAAGAAGCCGAAGUCCUUGCGAAGGCCCGUGAUGCCAGUGGGAACGUCCCUGCUCGUGGCAGCAGAGGUCAAGCUGAAGCCGGAGGAAGACAACGAGGAAAAGGUCGAAGACAUCUUGAAGCACGAGUUGACGCCACAGCUGGUACGAGAGGCCAUGGCAAGGGACUUCGUGUCUACAGCCGCCUGCUGGGUCACGGAGUUGGACUGGAGAGGCCGAGGCUCCGUGACGUCUCAGCAGUUCUUCGAGCUGAUGCACCGGCUUGGAUGUGCAGGCAAUCUUCGGAAGCUCUGGGCAGAGCUGACUGGCGACCGAGGUGUCCUCCGCUUCAUCGACAUCGAUGCAAAGGCUCAGAAGUUGCUGGAGGCGUGCCGCAGGGAGCUGCUGCAGAACCAUGGAACUUUGAUGGAUGCCUGGUACAAAGGAAUUGACCCACACGACCUGGGCAUUGUGGACCUCGAGGACUUCAGGACCGCCUGCGAGCAAGUGCUGCCGACGUUGAAGCCGAAGGAGGUGGCGACCUUGUUCGGGUACCUCUUGGCUCGGCACGGGCAGCGUUCCCUGCGCAAGGAGGACCUUAAGGCCCUCCUCAUUGGCGUGGCCCCAGAAGAGCGCGAGGAAGCUUGGGGCGAAGGAAUAGAAGCGGAGAAACCAGUGUCCGUUGAGGAUCAAGCCCGUCUCAUCGACAGCGCCGAGGGCUUCAAAGCAAUGCUCCUUGCGAAACAUGGCAGCUUCUUUGCUGCAUGGGUCUAUGCCCUCGACAGGGAGAGAAAUGGCUUUGUGGCGAAGCAGGAUUUUUCGCUGAUCUGUCGACGACUUGGCGUGCAGAGAGUUUCCUACCUAUGGCGCGAGUUCAUGCAGGGCCAGAAAGGUGGAAUCCUCACCUUGGAGAUUUUCGACGCAGAGACUGCGCAGUCUUGGUCGGAGCUGCACCAGCUGCUGCUGCAGGCCCAAACAUGUGCCGAUAUGUCGCACAGUUGCAUAGACUCUUUGGAUUCCGUGAGGGCUGCUGAUGACCAAGCUGCUGCUUCUGCUGACCCCGCGGCUGAGAGUGAGCACUUCUCCCCUGAUCCAACGGCUGAACCAUCAGCUGAUGCAUCGGCUGAUCCGCCUACAGAUCCUCCUCCUGGUCCUAUCACUGACCCGAGAGCUGACGCGGUGGCUGAUCUGGCGGGUCCUGCAGACGGACCCGAAGCAACGCUGGAUUUGGCCACGCUACCAGCUCCUGCCAGCAAUUCGAGGACGCCAUUGCCCAGCCUCAAGGAGGGUUGGAGAGUGGCUUUCGACCCUCAACACAUUCGGCGCGUGGGCAGGCAGCGCUUCUUCGAGGGCUGCAAGUCUCUUGGCUACCCCAAGGACGCAAAUCGCCUCUUCGACGUGCUGCGUCCGGAUCCCCACCGCGAGUACUUGGUGUUCGAGGACAUCGUCGGAGACCUCAACCCGAACGACUUCGCUCUUCGCCUGAAUCCGGACGGAGUUCCUUUCGCCAAGGACCGAUAUCGGACCCUCGAGGAUGAAGAGGGCAAAAGACGUUAUUGGAUGACGGUGUGCUGUCCCGGGCAAAGAUAA